AUGGCAGGCUCCGGCGGAAGUGAAGAUGCCGAAGCCGGUCUGCAAACGCCGAAAGCACAGAUAGCCUCCGCCUCGGCAUCUUCUGCUGCCCGGAAAGCUCGCCGCUAUGGAUUUGCGUGCUCAAGCUGCAAAGCUCGCAAGGUCAAGUGCAGUGGAAAUCGGCCCAUCUGUACGGGAUGCCGCCGGUCCGAGGAGACUUGCAGCUGGCCGGCACAGAACUCGACCGAGUUCCGACUUCGAGAAGCAAAUGCUCGCAUUCGGAAUCUAGAGGCAUCAAUGAGGAGUCCGAUUCGGUCUUCCAACGAGCCUCAGCCAGACCUCGAGACACCUGAUACCGAUAUUACGGAUCCCGGUACGGCUCGCAGCCACCCACUAUCUCACGAUGGUAGUCGUGCUGCUGAAGCCAAUGCCGACACGGAGGGUUCGCUUUGGUUCCAGGUCGGCCUCGGAGAGGACGGUACUGUCAUCUACAAUGGUCCGACAAGUCGCUUUCAUGCUGGCUCCCUUGAGGAAACCCACCUGACCGGCGAACAUCAGGAUAGCGACCCAAAGCGAGCACAAGUAGAAGUUUUACAGUCUCAGUAUGCUUUGAUGGACUCGGUGUGGCUGCCUCUGAUCGCUGCGAAGCCAGUAAUGAACGGCACCGGCAUCGACACCACUCUCGGCAUGGCUCUUCUUGAUAUCUAUUGGACGUGGCUACAUCCACUUCAUAGCUGUGUCUACAGACCUAUCCUAAUGAUGGAUCUGGCUCUCGGAGGACCAUAUUGCACCGAUUUCUUGCUCCUAUGUAUCUUCGGUCUAGCAGCUCGACAUCUGCCUGAGCAAGUUACCGCAGCAGCUGGAGUGGGGAGAGGCGACCAGUUCAUCGCACGUGCAAGGGAGCUGUUACUGAAGGAAAUGAUGGCCAUGAAGCCAGCGAUUCCUACAAUUCAGGGGUUGCUGAUUCUAGGCGGGCGCCAGUGUGCCAUGGGGAAAAGCUCCGAAGGUUGGUUAUACACCGGCAUGGCAGUACGGAUGAUGAAAGACAUUGGGCUUCACCUGGACAUCACUAAGCUCUCCAGGCUUGAGAGAUGGACACCUGCUGAGAUAGAGACUCGAAAGAGGCUGUACAACUCAGCUUACAUCUGGGAUAAGACACUCAGCCUGGCCCUAGGCCGUCCGCCUUCUCUAAUACGACGUCCUUACCCUGCUCAGGAUAUACUGGAUAAAGUUGACGAUCAACGCUCCUGGAAGCCUGUUCAAGCUACCGAAGUCUCCGAAAACUUUGUUGCUUCGCCUUCCUGGACGACAUCAGCCUUUUGUGCGUUUUGCCGGCUUCACGAAGCCACUACAGAUAUGAUGUUGCUGUUCUCAAGCACAAGCAGGAACGAGGAGUUCACUACACAGAUGGAGGAGCUUGACAGCAGGAUAUGUCAGUGGUAUCAUGAGAUUCCGAUUCCAUUGAGAAUCGAGGACGCAUCCAUGUUGGAUCAAAGCCCUCCCCCACAUAUUGUGUCAUUGAAUCUCCUUUACCAUGCUCUACACAUUCUCUUAAGAAGGCCGUAUUUGAGCUCUUCCGACACCACAAUCAAGGAGAAGGCGCUCGAGGUCUGCGUACGCCAUUCGAAGAAGAUUCACUCGAUUCAUUCACUAUUCUCAACGACUUUCCCUCAUCGACUCAUGACGUAUCAAGUCAGCUACUGCAUAUAUACAGCUGCUACAGUUGAAGCCGAAGAGCUGAAAAGAGCAUCGACUGGUAUCGAGAGAGAAAACGCGGCAGCCAGGCUUGCAGCCGCAUGUCGUAUACUCCAGCAGGAAGCUUCACAUACCCCCGGAAGCGGAAGAAGUCUCGAUACCAUUCGUCGGCUAUUGAGCAACGGGCAACCCCGAGUUGUAGACGUUGGCAACAACUCGGAUUGCAGACACAAUGCUGUCUCGAAUUCUUCUGAGAACUCCCAUCAAGUCGAGCCGCGUCAGACAGGGUCACUGAACCCACGAAUGGGUGGUGUGCAAAGAGGCGGUAUGGGCCGUCAUAUCACUUCGACUAGAAAUCACCCGGCGGCACAAAAUGCCUCACAGCUUUCUUCUACUGUCGAUCCAGAGGUAGAUGAGAAUACGUUCUUCACGGAGGGGGGCAGCUGGAGUAACGAUGUUAGCUACGGUGGGACAAACACAGGGGCCGGAUUUCAACCGGACGCGUUCCCAUGGGGAGUUGCAGAUCACAUCUUGGGCGAUUCCGGCAUGUCGUUCUCCGGCACGAGUCUAGUUUGGCCAUCCGGAUCCCACCUCGAUGGCUUCUAA